GGAACGCAUCGUGUGAUUAUGAUUCCGGGUGUCUCUCCUCUGGCCCAAGCUGUCUUGGGAACUUUAUUUACGUGGGGAUUGACAGCGGCGGGUGCAGCUCUCGUCUUCGUAUUGAAUUCAAGCCGGAGAGCAAUUCUUGAUGCGAGCCUGGGAUUCGCAGCAGGGGUCAUGUUGGCCGCCUCCUUCUGGUCUCUGCUGGCACCUGCUAUUGAGAUAGCAGAAACCAACUACGGAAAAUAUGCGUUUCUGCCCGUAGCCUUUGGAUUCCUGCUUGGAGCUGUCUUCGUCUAUGCAAUGGACAAAUUAAUUCCUGCUUACGAUGGUCACAAAUCAGAAAUAGCUUUGGCAAUGGAAGCUGAGAGACAGGAAAAGCUCCAGAGGAAGUUUCAUAUACACACAGGAGAACAGUCUGUCCUCACUUAUGGCAAUGGAUUCUCCGAAAAUGGUGUGAGAGCAAGAAAAUGGUCAACUGUGACCGAGCUUGGACCAUCGGAUGAGGAGAAGAUGCUCGAUGAGAAUGUAAAACGUUGGAAGAGAAUAUUUCUGCUUGUGGUUGCUGUCACUGUUCACAACAUUCCUGAAGGACUUGCGGUUGGUGUCGGGUUUGGUGCGGCAGGCAGCUCAACACAUUCUACAUUUGAAAGUGCCAGAAACCUAGCAUUAGGAAUUGGCAUACAGAACUUCCCAGAAGGCUUAGCUGUCAGUUUGCCCCUUCGUGGCGCUGGUUUCUCAAGGUGGAAGGCGUUCUGGUAUGGCCAGCUGAGUGGAGUGGUUGAACCAAUGGCAGGCAUCUUGGGCUGCAUUGCGGUAACUCAUGCACAACCAAUCCUCCCGUAUGCCUUAGCAUUUGCAGCAGGAGCCAUGGUGUAUGUCGUUGUCGACGAUAUCGUCCCUGAAGCACAGUCAUGCAAAAAUGGCCGACUAGCUUCUUGGACAACAAUAGUUGGAUUUGUUGUGAUGAUGGCUCUUGAUGUAGGCUUGGGUUGAUGAGGCCUAAGAGAGCACUUGUCAUCUCUUCAAUGAUGCUUCCUUGUGUUAGCUGGACUACAACUUUGCUGUGUUCCCCUUGGUUCUGCAGCAUUUGACAAUCUGAUGCGUGAAACAUCUUCGUUGCUGUUGAUACCGCACACUGACUGUAAGUUAGCCUGUUACACUGUUCUCAGCAUUGAUGCAAGGUGUUUUCUUUGUAUUUUACUUAGACAUAUUUUGUGACGAACAGGCUGCAAAGAAAUGUAUUUUCCUCUUGGAUCUCAGUCAGAAAUAUGUUACUUACAGUGCUGUUACAGGCACUUAGUAGGAAACUUAACACAUGGGGAUGUAUUUUAGCUGACAUAGUGCAUUCAUAUCUUGUUUUUAUGCCUCAAAUAAGUGGUGCAAGUUUUAGUUUCACUUUAGCAGCUAAUUAAAAGCACGUGCUGCUUCCACUGUUCCAUAGUGUUCCGGACAUGUAAAAAAAGACAGUUGUUGAAGAGGAAAACAGCAGAGCAAUCAUAGUGGAGUGACUAAUUUAAGAAGUGGCAAUACCUGACACAUGAAAUAAUGCAAAAUGUCAUAACACCUUUUGUCUACAAUGUUGAGUGUAUUGACUAAGUGAGGGCCAAGUUUAGAGGACAGCACCUGGCUCAGUGAUGCGGAUGGAAUAAAGCUACUUUUCAUGUA